GUUAAAUAAAAUAUUUUUCACUCAUGAAUGCCAUUACUACUUUUAGCACUGAUUCCUGUGUAGACAUACAUGUAAGAAGAAUAUGCUCUUGGUAAUUAUGGGCAAUUUUCAAAGCAAAGACAACUCGGAUUGCGUCAAAUUUAAGGAAUUGGCGGCCACUACACCCUUCUCAGCCAAACAGCUGAAGGAAUGGUACGCUGAGUUCAUCCAGGAGUGUCCCAACGGACAGAUGGAUAAACAGACUUUUAUG